AUGGGCGGCGUGCAGUUUAUAGCCACAUGCUGCUAUGACACGAGCUACAAUGCACGAGCGCAGAAGGGCACGAAGACGGUGAUCAUGGUACAUGGGAUUGCUGCGUGUGCUUUACAAAACAAAAUUAAGCCUGGCACCGAUGCAGGCUGCUACCUCCCCUGUUGCAGAGAGCCCGGUUGGAACCUGGCAUGGGCAUCUUUCGAGGCCAUCGUCACCGGGCCUGAGCUCCUGCGAAAUACGCUGGAGUUGGAGCAGGUUGAAGGCAGGUUGAAGGACGGGCGAAAAGUCUUUGUUACGAAGGACCAGGAUGGGGUGGAGGUUCGGCCUUAUCCUGGGCUAGAUGGCAUCGCUACGAUCAACCCCGGUGAAGAGGUCAUGAUUCCUGUGCUCUACGAGCUGAUUGACAAGCUGGUAGACCAAUAUCGCUUGCAGCCUGCAAAUUACGACUGGCGAAAGUGGGGUGACUUGAGCUUCAUGGAGAGCUACAAGGAGUCUCUCGCAAAGCAGGUGGAGGAGGAAUUUGCACAAACACAGCAGCCUGUUUCGCUAAUUGGCCACUCGAUGGGCUGUUCCGUGCUGCUGUACGUGUUGACUGUGAUGGGCAGUAAUUGGCAACAACAGUACUUGGACAAAGUCAUUUUCAUCACGCCCGUUGUCAUGGGCUGUCCGAAAGGCUGCUCCGCCUUCGCGCAUAAUCCUGUUGGCAUUAUUUCAGGCCUCGGCACCUUGCCUGAAGGUAUCGAGAAUUACUGGAAACAGGCGGUCGUCGCUUCCCCUGCGACGGGGUGCUUGUUACCGCUGCCAGUCGGAGACGUGCAGGCCUUCCCAGAUGAGAGCCACAUCGUAGUCACGCCAAAGCGGGGCUAUGCGGCACAUCAGAUACCGGAGUUCAUCUUUGAUUUGAAGGGCGCCUUGGGCCCAGACGCCGCGCGCUUCGACUUCUUCCCCUACGCCCGCGAAACCGCGGCCCGCCUGGAGCCUCCGGCCGUGCCCACGCAUCUCAUCUAUGGCAGGAACAUGCACACUAUCAACCAGCUUACCUUUAAGACUGAAGACUUCCAGGACAUCCCCGAAGUGACGGACUACGUAUCAGGCGACGGAACAGUGACCGCUGCCAGUGUGGAAAAGCUGCACAAAGCAUGGGUCGGUAAAGGUGCUCAAAUUUUCCUCCAUGGAGCUCCUGAGAGUGUUGCUGACGAGCACCUGACGAUCGUUUCCUCUGAGUGGUUAUUGGGCGUGGUCCCAGAACUCCUGAAAGACUGA